AUGUCAGCGGACACCAUGGUGCACGCCAUGAAGCAGGCUGCGGCGGAUCACUUUCCUUACAAAGAACGACGCGCGCACACACCAUGGAUCAAAGACCACACCCUACAGCUCCUGGCCCAGGCACGGGCAGCGCAAGCGGACGGUCACGAAGAUUGGAAAACGCAAAGAAACAAAGCCAAGAGGGCAGCGCGCAGGGAUAGAAUCGACUGGGUUCAUGACCAACUUUUAGCAGACCCGGAUGCCAGGAUCACCUCGAGGGUUCGCAAUGGGCUCCGCCCAACAUUCCUGACCACACCGCCGCUAGACGUAGAGCUAGACCGGGAUUACGUCCACAACUCCCUGAUGAAGGACGGUUCACUUUGGACGACCUUCAACGGGCCAUUCAAAAAAGUAAAGGCGGAAAGGCUCCGGGACCGGACCAGGUGA